CUCCCAGUUGCUGUGGGCGGGCCGCGCUCUCUCUCUCUCUCCCUCCCGCUCCCGGUGUUAGUCUGACGGAGGCGGAAGGAUGGGGAACACCGACUCUAAGCUGCACUUCAGGAAGGCGGUGAUCCAGCUCACCACCAAGACCCAGCCAGUGGAGGCCACUGAUGAUGCAUUCUGGGAUCAGUUCUGGGCGGACACUGCUACAUCCAUCCAGGAUGUGUUCACCUUGGUGCCAGCGGCUGAGAUCCGAGCAGUCAGGGAGGAGUCGCCCUCCAACUUAGCCACCCUGUGCUACAAGGCAGUUGAGAAGUUGGUCCAAGGAGCAGAGUCAGGCUGUGCGAGCGACAAGGAGAAGCAGAUUAUUAUAAACUGUACUCAGCUGCUGACCCGCAUCCUGCCGUAUAUUUUUGAGGAUCCGGAUUGGAGAGGCUUCUUUUGGUCAACAGUCCCAGGAGCAGGACGUGGUGGGGCUGAUGAAGGAGAUGAUGAGACUGCCCGGCCUCUCGCUGAAUCUCUCUUACUGGCCAUCGCUGACCUGCUCUUCUGUCCUGACUUCACCGUCCAGAGUCACAGGAAGACCGGACCGGAGACUGCUGAGGACCUUCACUGUAUCGACAGCUGUGAAUACAUCUGGGAGGCUGGGGUGGGUUUUGCCCACUCUCCACCGCACAACUACAUUCAUGACCUGAAUAGGACGGAGCUCCUGAAGCUGCUGCUGACAUGUUUCUCCGAGGCUGUAUACCUCCCACCCACCUCGGAGGGGAACGUUCUCAAUCCCUGGGUCCAAUUCUUCUGCUCAACAGAAAACAGGCAUGCGCUGCCGCUGUUUACGUCACUGUUGAACAUUGUGUGUGCGUAUGACCCUGUGGGAUACGGCAUCCCAUACAACCACCUCCUCUUCUCCGACUACCGGGAGCCCCUGGUGGAGGUGGCUGCCCAGGUCCUCAUUGCCACCCUGGACCACGAUGCAUCCACCAGCCUGAGCCCUUCUGUGGAUGGGACCACAACGAGCACUGCCAUGGACGACACAGAGCCUCCUGGUCCUGAGAAUCUGUUUGUCAACUACUUGUCUAGAAUACAUAGAGAAGAGGAUUUCCAGUUCAUUCUGAAGGGACUGGCUCGUCUGCUAAAUAACCCACUGCUCCAGACCUACCUACCCAACUCUACCAAGAAAAUUCAGUUCCAUCAGGAGCUGCUGGUUCUCUUCUGGAAACUCUGUGACUUCAACAAGAAAUUUCUCUUCUAUGCGCUGAAGAGCAGUGAUGUUCUGGAUAUCCUGGUGCCCAUCCUGUAUUAUCUGAAUGACGCCAGAGCAGACCAGUCUCGAGUGGGUUUGAUGCACAUUGGGGUCUUCAUCCUCUUGCUUCUCAGUGGAGAGCGCAACUUUGGCGUCCGACUGAACAAACCAUACUCAGUCCGUGUGCCUAUGGAUAUCCCAGUCUUCACUGGAACACACGCUGACCUUCUUAUCAUAGUGUUUCACAAGAUUAUUACAAGUGGGCACCAGCGUCUACAGCCCCUGUUUGACUGUCUGCUGACGAUCGUUGUUAAUGUUUCCCCCUAUCUGAAGAGCUUGUCUAUGGUUGCCGCAAACAAGCUACUGCACCUACUGGAAGCCUUCUCUACAACAUGGUUCCUCUUCACAGCAUCCCAGAACCACCAUCUAGUCUUCUUCCUCCUUGAGGUCUUCAAUAACAUCAUCCAGUACCAGUUUGAUGGGAAUUCAAACUUGGUCUACGCCAUCAUUCGGAAACGCAAUGUAUUCCACCAACUGGCCAAUCUCCCGACAGACCCUGCUGCCAUCCAGAAAGCCCUGCAAAAGAAGAAGAAGUCGACUGAGCCCAUCUCACGGACUAACUCACAGGAGGGAAUGUCCAUGGAAGGAUCCCGGCCUGCAGCCCCUGCAGAGCCCGGCACAUUGAAGACCAGUCUUAUUGCAACACCAGGUAUUGAUAAACUGACAGAGAAAUCACAGGUUUCAGAGGAUGGGACGCUGAGCCGGGUGGAUCAGGGUCAGGAUCAGGCUGCCGCCCCCACUGAGGACCACCCAGUUACGUUAGCCAGUGACACAGAGUCUUCAAGUGGGGGGGAUGCGAUUGCUGCCUCUUCCUGCAGAACAUUCUGGGAGGCAAUUCCACGAAACCCAGAGAGAAGAAGGAAACCGUCCAGUCUCUCAUCAGCAAGUCAGUGGACACCAAGCCCUGAUUGGGUAAUAUCAUGGAAAUCCAAACUCCCCCUUCAAACAAUCAUGCGCCUGUUGCAGGUUCUGGUCCCACAAGUGGAGAAGAUCUGCAUUGACAAAGGUUUGACCGAUGAGUCGGAGAUCCUGAAGUUCCUGCAGCAUGGCACACUGGUGGGCUUACUCCCUGUGCCACAUCCGAUCCUCAUUCGCAAAUACCAGGCCAACUCUGGCACUGCCAUGUGGUUCCGCACGUACAUGUGGGGAGUUAUUUACCUGAGGAAUGUUGACCCACCCAUCUGGUAUGACACAGACGUGAAGCUCUUUGAAAUUCAACGGGUUUAAGGAGCCAAACUGAAACGAGAAAACGCUUUGGCCAAAUUUCUUUCCAUUUUAAUUCUCAAUCUGACAGCUGGUUUCUGCACCUCUUUAUCUAAACUAAUCUUACCCGCUCUUCACGCCCACUGCUGCCACAAGAAGUGUGCCUGAUAGGAUUGUGGGUAGUGCCCAUCACUGACCGAGCCAGAAACACCCCCUGUCCCAGUCACUGACUAAAUGACUGAGUUAGCCUGAGCCAGAACUGCUCCCUGGUCCCUUGUCCCUUCACUGUUCUGUGUUUGGAGCUUUAGUCUGGGACAGACUGUCUUAUCACUACUUUUACUAAAUGAAAGGCAACAGUUUCCCCUCAACCCCUUUGCUGGUUCAGUUGGUAAGGCAUCGUCUUUACCAGCCCUACAAGCAACAGUUACUAUUGCACCUGAGUUAGGGUGAUGAGAAAUUCCACCCAGACCCCUGGCCCCAGUGACACUCCACUCCUCCACUCCCCUCCCCUCCACUGGAAAGUGGAUGUGUGAAUGUUGGGUGAGCACAGGGAGCAGCUGCAAUGCCUUCCGUAGUCAAAACAACUGUUGACAAAGGAAGCCAUAGCUUUUGAUGAUGAUAGGUGUGUGUGUGUGUGUGUGUAACACAUUUGUGCAACAUCACUCUUACCUGUUAUUUUAAGGGAAGGGUUGAACUGUUUAAAACAGGAUGGAUCUGUUGUCUGCCAGUCACUGUAUGCUCACCGGACUACCCUUACCCAUGGUUACUGGAUGGCCAUGAGGGCGAGGUGAAUGUUGGAACCUGGUAGCCAUGGAAUGGGGAGUGUGGGAUUGUAUCCCAGCACAGGGACAGUGUCCGAGGGAGAGGGGAGUGUGGGAUUGUACCCCAGCACAGGCAGUGUCUGAGGGAGAGGGGACUGUGGGAUUGUACCCUAGCACAGGCAGUGCUCGAGGGAGAGGGGAGUGUGGGUUUGUACCACAGCACAGGGACAGUGUCCGAGGGAGAGGGGAGUGUGGGAUUGUACCCCAGCACAGGGACAGUGUCCGAGGGAGAGGGGAGUGUGGGAUUGUACCCCAGCACAGGCAGUGUCUGAGGGAGAGGGGACUGUGGGAUUGUACCCUAGCACAGGCAGUGCUCGAGGGAGAGGGGAGUGUGGGUUUGUACCACAGCACAGGGACAGUGUCCGAGGGAGAGGGGAGUGUGGGAUUGUACCCCAGCACAGGGACAGUGUCCGAGGGAGAGGGGAGUGUGGGAUUGUACCCCAGCACAGGCAGUGUCUGAGGGAGCGGGGAGUGUGGGAUUGUACCCCAGCACAGGCAGUGCUCGAGGGAGUGGGGAGUGUGGGAUUGUACCCCAGCACAGGCAGUGCUCGAGGGAGUGGGGAGUGUGGGUUUGUACCCCAGCACAGGGAGAGUGUCCGAGGGAGAGGGGAGUGUGGGAUUGUACCCCAGCACAGGCAGUGUCCGAGGGAGAGUGGAGUGUGGGAUUGUACCACAGCACAGGCAGUGUCGAGGAAGAGGGGAGUGUGGGAUUGUACCACAGCACAGGGACAGUGUCCGAGGGAGAGGGGAGUGUGGGAUUGUACCGUAGCACAGGGGCAGUGUCUGAGGGAGAGGGGAGUGUGGGAUUGUACCACAGCACAGGGACAGUGUCCGAGGGAGAGGGGAGUGUGGGAUUGUACCACAGCACAGGGACAGUGUCCGAGGGAGAGGGGAGUGUGGGAUUGUACCACAGCACAGGGACAGUGUCCGAGGGAGAGGGGAGUGUGGGAUUGUACCGUAGCACAGGGGCAGUGUCUGAGGGAGAGGGGAGUGUGGGAACCUGGUAGCCAUGGGAUGGGGAGUGUGGGAUUGUACCCCAGCACAGGGCGUACUGUCUGAGGGAGAGGGGAGCAACAAUAGGAAAGCAAUCUCACUCUGGCCAGAAUUUUUAUGUUAGUCAGUAUUUGAUCUCACUUUGUCCUAGUUUUUCUUUUUUCCCAAUGUCUAAACUACUCUUCACGCCUCUCACUGGAAGCUGCGACAUUGAAAAAUAUUAUGUAAACCGCACGUUAAACUGGUUGAGUUGUCUCAGUUUAGUCCAUGUUGUAGUUACAUUAUUAUUGUUUACAUGCUAAAUGUCUCCACUUAUACCACUAGUUAAUGUAGAUGUUAAGUAUAGAAUGUUUGCUACUAAAGUUCAGUAAACUGUUUGUACUACAGGCUGUCACUGGGUUGCAUUAGUUUAAUGGCAAUACACUACAGAAUUUAAAAAUGAACCCUCCAGACUUUAACAGAGUGAGGCCCUUUAAUAGACCUCCUCAAGCUGAACCCAUCACUGAUGAAGCUACUGCACUAACCUGCUCUCGCUACCUCUCAGAUGAAUGCCCAGAAGCUUUGCUCCAGCUCACUUCAACCCUGUUUGCACCCUGCAAUCUGCCAACUCUGCACCCCCCCAUCCCACCCCAUUGUCCCUCUUCCUUCAGUCCUCUCACUCAGUGCCAGAUCUUCUAAAUGUCUAUGUCCACACUUGUUAUAUACCCUCCCCCUUGAUGCUUCUUUAGUUUACCUUUUGAUAAAGCAUUUGGCCACCUCUCCUGUUACUGCUUGUCCUAUUCUCUGCUCUUCAAAUGUUGGUUUAUUAUAUUUAUCAACUGUACACAAACACAAGUUGUUGGGUGUUUUUCACGGCUCAAGAGGAUGUUAAUCAUAAAUUGAUGCUGCAUGAAAGAGGUAAUUCAGCCUAUUUGUGCUGUGCCAGUUCUUUGAAAGAGCUAUCCAAUUAGUCCCACCCUCCCUGCUCUGUCUGUGUAGCUCUGCAAAUUUCCUCUUUUCAGUUCCCUUUUGAAAGUAAUUAUUAAAAUGCUUCCAACAACCUUUCAGGAAGUACACCCCAAAUCAUAACUUGUCAAAUGUCUCACCUCCCCCCCUUUUUUGCGAAUUAUCAACAAUUAGUACAAAUAGGUUCACCAUUGCCAAGAACCUAGUGAUAGCACUGCCCUUUGAGUUGUGGUAUUCUGUCACUCCGCAUAUGACAUAAACACUAACUGUAAUGUUAAAAAACAGAGAUACUUAAGGAAUCUAAUUAUAAAAAACUCGAAAAGAUUGAAUUCUGACUCUGAAUGUACCGUAAGUUGAUUAUUUUUUUCCAAUAUCCUUAGAGUUCUGUUUAACAGAUCUUUGGAUUAUCAUAAAUUUGUUGUUUUCAGUAUGUUAGUUAGGAUUGCUCUGUAUAGUUCGGUGGGCGAAUACACUACCCAGCUUUUAAACUAUUGAGCCGUACACAUUAGGAAAGUCCUAAGUUUCACCAACUAGUUUGGGCUGUUAACUGAAAGCAAAUGGGGCAGUGAUCCUAGGCUAGAGAGGUGGGGAGUUACUGCUGAUUCAUGGGCCAUACAUGUGAAGUAUAACCCCAGUACCUUUGAGCUAUACCUACCCUGGCAGUGUUUGAUGGGACAGUGUAGAAGGAGCUUUUCUCCACAUCUAACCCAUGCUGUACCUGUCCUUGGGAGUGCUUGAUACUGUCACUGGCUGCCUGGAAUGGAUAAUGCUCCGUCCACCAACACUAACAUCCCUCACUUAAUGAACAGAAGUUUUAAAUAUUUUUAAAGCGUUAUUACUUGGGGACAGUUAGUACCCUGUUUCCUGUAUUGUACAGGGGCCUUUGUCACAUACUUUCCUCUGUGUGUGGUGUUUGACUCCAUUGUGUUACCUGACUCUACCUGAUGUUAACAGAUAUGUAAUAGCACUUUAGAAAGUACUUCACUGUUGUAACUUAAGGAAUCUUAAAGGGGAAGGAUUCUCUUCAAGUUACCUUUUUGAAUUUACUUAGCUGUAAGGACCUUUAAGGACCCAGUAUCUAUCUGUCUAGUUUAUUUUGCCAAGUUACGCAAUUCUUAUUUAUAUUGUCAUAUUGUCUCUUAAGUGAUGAUAUCUGUACUCUUUAUGUGUAUUGUUUGCACACUGUUCUCAUUAUUUAAGCAAAUAAAUUCUUCAAAGAG